AUGGUAGUCCUUUCGUCUGUGGUCCAGAUUCAUAACAAAAACAGACACAAGGAGAACAAAGUAAGCAUAUUGUCAACCUUCCUCGCUCCCUUCAAGUACCUAAGUCCUGGCACCACAAACACGGAGGAUGAAGACAAUCUAAGUACCAGCAGCGCUGAAGUGAAGGAAAACCGAAAUGUGAGCAACCUGGGGACUAGGGCCCUGCCCCCUGGAGACUGGGCCAGAGGCAGCACAGCCAGCAUUAAAAGGAAAAGGCCACUGGAGGAAGGAAAUGCGGGGCAUUUCUGCAAACUCCAGCUAAUCUGGAAGAAGCUCUCCUGGUCUAUGACACCCAAGAAUGCCCUGGUCCAGCUGCAUGAGCUGAAGCCGGGUCUGCAGUACCGGAUGGUGUCACAGACAGGCCCAGUGCACGCCCCAGUCUUCGCAGUGGCUGUGGAAGUGAACGGGCUCACGUUUGAAGGCACGGGGCCCACUAAAAAGAAAGCCAAGAUGCGGGCAGCAGAGAUGGCCCUGAAGUCCUUCGUGCAGUUCCCCAAUGCGUUUCAGGCCCACCUGGCCAUGGGCAGUAGUACCAGUUCAUGCACUGACUUUACCUCUGACCAGGCUGACUUCCCAGACACGUUGUUCAAGGAGUUCGAACCAUCUUCAAGAAAUGAGGACUUCCCCGGCUGUCGUCCCGUCGACCCGGAGCUUUUGUCUUCCACCUACCGGCGAGGACGGCUGCUCUACCACACACUGGACCUCAUGGGCCAGGCUCUGCCCGACAGGUCCAGGCUGGCCCCCGGGGCUCUGGGAGAGAGGAACCCUGUAGUAGUGCUGAAUGAGUUACGCUCAGGUCUGCGGUAUGUGUGCCUCUCGGAAACAGCCGAGAAGCCCCGAGUCAAGAGUUUUGUCAUGGCUGUGUGCGUGGACGGGAGGACGUUCGAAGGCUCUGGACGCAGCAAGAAGCUGGCCAAGGGCCAGGCAGCGCAAGCUGCUUUGCAGGCCCUCUUCGACAUCCGGCUGCCUGGCCACACACCCAGCAGGAGUAAAAGCAACCUCUUGCCACAGGAUUUUGCAGACUCUGUGUCCCAGCUGGUCACACAGAAGUUCCGUGAGCUGACAGUUGGCCUGACAUCUGUGUAUGCCCGCCACAAAACACUGGCAGGAAUCGUCAUGACAAAAGGCUUGGACACCAAACAGGCGCAGGUCAUCGCCCUGUCCUCUGGGACCAAGUGCAUCAGCGGUGAGCACAUCAGUGACCAGGGGCUCGUUGUCAACGACUGUCACGCUGAAAUUGUGGCCAGGCGGGCAUUUCUUCACUUCCUCUACACUCAGCUGGAGCUGCACUUGAGCAAGCAUCGAGAGGACUCCGAGAGAUCAAUAUUCGUUCGUUUAAAGGAAGGAGGCUACAAGCUUCGAGAAAACAUCCUCUUCCAUCUCUAUGUGAGCACGUCCCCCUGCGGAGAUGCCAGACUCAACUCUCCCUACGAAAUCACCACAGACUUGAACAGCAGCAAACACAUCGUCAGGAAGUUCCGAGGCCACCUGCGCACCAAGAUUGAGUCUGGGGAAGGGACAGUCCCUGUCCGAGGUCCCAGUGCAGUCCAGACGUGGGAUGGCAUCCUGCUGGGGGAGCAGCUGGUCACCAUGUCCUGCACAGACAAGAUUGCCAGCUGGAACGUGCUGGGACUGCAGGGUGCUCUCCUCUGCCACUUCAUCGAGCCUGUGUACCUCCACAGCGUCAUUGUGGGAAGCCUGCACCACACAGGUCACCUUGCACGGGUCAUGAGCCACAGGAUGGAAGGCAUCGGCCAGCUGCCUGCCUCCUACCGGCAAAACAAGCCUCUCCUUAGUGGCGUGAGUAACACUGAGGCCCGGCAACCAGGAAAGUCUCCCCAGUUCAGUGCCAACUGGAUCGUGGGCAGUGCCGACCUGGAGAUCAUUAAUGCCACAACUGGGAAGAGGAGCUGUGGGGGUUCAUCCCGGCUCUGCAAGCACGUGUUUUCUGCUCGGUGGGCACGGCUGCAUGGUAGGCUAAGCACACGGAUCCCCGGUCAUGGAGACACACCGUCCAUGUACUGUGAGGCCAAGCUGGGGGCUCACACCUACCAGUCAGUUAAACAGCAGCUCUUCAAGGCUUUUCAGAAAGCUGGGCUUGGCACCUGGGUGAGAAAGCCACCAGAGCAAGACCAGUUUCUACUAAGUCUCUAAGUCGCUAGACUCCUUUGCUGUUGGACCAGAGCAAAAGGCCUGGAGGGGAUGCAGUUGUUUGGUGGUGUGGUGUGUCCAUCGACUCUUGACAUUGUUCUCCUUCAGUGUUCAGGAACACGCGUGUUUAUGUCUGGAUCGGAGACCAGAUUUGAGUUUUGUUCAUGCUGCUUCGCCCUGGGUUGUUAGUUCCAAGAACUCUGUCCACAUAGCUAGAGGUAGAAGCACUAUUGCAUUAACCCUUCCUGGUGUCGAAAGGAAAUAAUCUCUUCAGGCAAGGGGAGCUCAGAGGCAAGAGUGAAAAGUAGUACUUAUGUGUAGCCUCAUGCUCCAUCCUCCGUGCUCCCUUCCCCUUUCAUGGGCCUCUCUAGUGGUGUGAUCGAGUCUCCCCAGCACAAGUUUAUAUGAUUUCCAUACAAGCCACCGGUGAAAAGAAAAGCCAUGGGCUCUCCAACUCCAAAGAACCCAACAGGAAUGAACGCUGUAUUGUUUUCAUUAUCCAUUCAGGCCUUUCCACUGUCUUUCAAAAGUUCUUGAGAUGGACACUGUUAAAGAGCAACUAAAGUAAAUGAAAACCCUGUUUAUGACAUAAAGGGAUAGUUACCUAAGACACAGAAGAGUCCUGAUCUAUGAUCUAAGAAAGCUGAUUUUCAUAUGCCCAGUGGUAGAAUGUUUCAAACAAACCCAAGCCUAUUCCUUGAUCACAAAAUUUUCAUUGCUUUUCAUAGAUAUGACAGCCAUGGAAGUGAGAACUGCAGAAUGGUUAUAACUACGACCCAAUAAUCUCUGCAUUAGGUAAUAGUAAUAAAACUGAGUCUUAGAGAAAGUUCUCAAUUUUCAAAUGAAUUGUUAAAAUAAAGAAAGCAUACACACCCACAUAAAACACUCAACAAAAUCUAGGUUUGAGGAGCUACUCUAUCAUUUUAGAUUUCUUAAUCAUCUUGCAUGAAUAAAAUAAUAAUAAUUUUAACAAGAAUAGUUGUGAUUUAUCAUAGCUGCCAAAAUUAAAGAGACAGAAUUAUUCCACUUUUAGAAUGUGCAUCAAAGUUCAUAGCUAGGCAUAGAUCUCUUUAAUAUUUAACCUAUAUCAUUGUCCCUAAGAGGAGAAGACCCAGACAAAGGGAGGCAUGUUGGCAACAUAUUUUUACUCAACCCAUGUUCCUUGAAUUAAUUUUUCCACUUGGAGCCCAUUUCUAACAUUCAUCAAGUUAGUUAACAUGUGUGUAAUCUUUUUUAUUUAAAAAUAUCCCACCUUGUGGGCUAUAGAGAUGACUCAGCAGUGAAGAGCAUUUGAUGCUCCUAGAGAGGACUCUGGUUCAAUUCCCAACACUCAUAUAGCAGCUUACAUCCAUAACUCCAGAUUCAGUGGUUACAACACCCUCUUCUGGCCUCUGAGGGCUCCAUGCACCCAUGCAAUACACUUAUAUACAUGUGGGCAAACUAUCAUAUAUAUAAAAUAAAAAUAAAUAAACCCUUUUUAACCCCAUCUGAACUGCAUUAUUAGUUUUUUGUUUUGUUUAAAAGGUAUAGGAGGAACCACUUUUAGAACAUGGAAUUCCUGAGUAGAAUUCCAGCUCAUCAAUCCUCAAUAAAAAUUCAACCAUUACAUCAUGGUGUAAUAUUCUAAUAUAUAUUGCAGAUAUCAUAAGAACAAGGUAAACAUGAAAUAUAUUAAAUUGUCGCUAUCUGAUACAAAAAAAAUAGUGGAAAUACUAACUCCUUGGAUUUAAUAUGAGACCACAUUUAUCACUACCAUCCUUUGAGGAAAGAAUACAAACACCAUUGUAAAAGCAUUUUCAAGAUAAACUUUCAAAGAAAUGCAAAUGCAAGUAUAUGUACUGAGGAAAAUGGAAUCUUCACUCAGUGUAAAGGCUACAAUCAAGAGCCAGCUUGUAGUGAUCUCUGAUAACUUGGUGUAUAACUAGGAGGAAGCUCCAAAACCUUGAGAACUGAGAUGUGGCUUAUGUGUUGUCUUUCAACCAUCAGGUACAGUUACUUCCUGGCUGAAAUCUAAGACCUCCCUCUAAUUACUUGUGUUUUGAGGGGUGGAAUGGAGAAUACACAGCACUUCAUAACAGUGUGUUCCAAGCAGUGUUAUCAGUUAUAAAAAAUGGCAUUAACUGCAGAAUCCUAAAUAUUUCCAUCAUGUGAUGGAAAGAGGAAGAAUAGGACAACUUGCAAGUAGUCCCAGGAAAUACCACCACUUUGGCCUGUGCAAGAGACAUGGGAAGCACUUGAUUGCCCAACACUGAGCACCACAUGUGCGUAAAUUGCAGGUCUAGUGCUAUGAUUCAUGGUGUCUAAAGUACUGGUUUCUCAUAAUCAAUCCAAACUUUCCUAAAGGUGAAUAUCUCCUUGAAAAUAAAGCCAUCCAUUGAAUUUGUUCUACCCCUUAGCACUAACACAAAAUUUUGCUUACUUAUUCUAAUUACGUGGGGUGGAGGGUUUGUGCAUGUGUGUGCAGGAGGCUGCAGGAAGAUGAAGGGAGUGUCAGAGUUGCUGAAGCUAGAAUUACAGACAGUUUAGAGACACUUUAUAUGGGUGCUGGGAAUCAAAUUUGGGUCCUCUGGAAGAUGCUCUUAACCACUGAGCCAACUUUCCAGCCCUGAGAAUCACUUGUGGAGGCAACCGGCAAUUCCUAGUGAGGAUCACUAGGGAUCCAGAUAUGCCUAUAGCAAGAAGAGAUAUUUCUGAUGGUGCAAAUGGGAUUUAACACUAGGACUUUUCAGAGAGAUGUCGCAGAAAAUGCUUUUGUUUAAGAGUUGACCAUCUCGCAAGAUCCUUGUCAGAGUGAGUGUCACAUAGGAGGGAGAUGAGAAGAAGGAAGUAGGGGUCCCUGAAUCUGUUCAAUGAAAACAGAGCAGCUGAAAUUAUCUAAAGUGAACCCUGCCACAUGCUGAGAAGCAGAGGUCAGGAAAAGAUAAGCUUCAAGAAAUGGGAAAAAUCAAAAAGACAUUAAGGGGAAGAAUAAAAGUCCUGUGACAUUUACUAUUUGGAGCAGACAGGUAGCAACAUCAGGAUUUCACACCGAUCCACAUUGGGACAUAUAUGAGCUGCCCCUGACCUACAGAAACCCAACCUACUCCAGAAGUAGCUAGUCAUGGAAUCUGGUGUACAUGAAUAAACCCUGAAAGAGUGAAUAGCAAAAGACCAAGAAUUUUUCUCACUUUGGUAUCCACAAAAGCAUCCCAACCCUACUUUAGGCUACCCUGCAUCUUAGUUACUGGGUUGGUGACUUGGAAGCAGCUCAGAAACACCCCAUCUGAAGUUUCUGUAAGAAAGAAACACACAUAGGUCAUAUUUUUCUUUUAGUCAUCCUGAAAACACACACAGUCAAACAAAUCAAAAAGAAUAUGGGUAGAAUAUAAAGAGGACAGGCAGGUAUCCUAAUCACUUUGGCUGUUCCUUAUCCAUCUGAUUUAUCUCAAAACUAAUAUCUCUUUGAUCAUUGCACCCUUUGUUUGCAAAUCUUCUGUCUUUUGUAUUGAUACCCUUUGAGUCUCACUCCUAAAAUCCAAAUAGAAGUCAACAGCAUCUUUAUCUACUUCCAAAACAUGUGGCUUUCCUAUUGGGAAGAUAAGCAAUUUAAGGUUUCCUGCCUGGUUCUCAGUCAAAAAGCCAAUGUCUGUUCAUUUGUGAGUCUUUCCACAGGACUGAAUCUCAUGCUAAAGUCCAUGAGGACACAGAAACUGCACAUCCGCCUCCAGCAAAAGAUUUCACAACAAUGUAUAAUAUCAAGUUACUGAAUUUAAGAUUUCUUUGGAUUUUGGUUUUUGCCCAGGAAAAGAUUUGAAAGUCUCUGACAAUCUCUUUUGAUUUCUGUGAUCCUCUUUGUACCUGUAUAUAUCUAUCAUGUCACUGUUGAUUUUGUGAUGUCUUGUCUCUCACAGAUGUCAGGCUAAGUUGCUUUUCUAAAAGAUGCAUAGCUCAUAUUUUUUCCCAUAUAAUUUCCUUUUCACAGAAUCGUUCUUACCAAUAAAUUUAAAUGCUUUUUGUAUAGUGUUUACCAUAUUUGAUGAGCCAUAAAUAGUAAAUACAUAGUAUAUCAAUUCCCAGAAUAGAAUAGUUACAGUAUUUUGAUGAAAUCCUAUUUUUAGAUUAUAAAUUUCAAGAUGAGUCUAUAGUAUCUUGUUUAAAAAAUUUAAAAAGACAACUGAAAUUUAAAUAGAGUAGAGAUUUUUUAUUUAGGGAAACUUCUAUGAUCAUUUUCAAGAGGCCGUUCUAAAAAGUGACCUAAUUGGCCCAAAAAAAACAAAUAUCACUUUCUAAUAGCAACCAAAGGAAAUUUAGAAAAUGUCUUUCUUUUUAUGUACUACCAGUUGGCUGCUGUAAUCACAUUUUCCGGCCAAAGUCUCAGCAUUCAGCAAAACCUAUUUCUCCAUCACUCUUAUGGAAUCUACAGCCUUGUAUAGAACUAAGAAAUCUACUAGGCUGAACAUUUUGAAGAACAAUCCCAGCUUUGGAUUUUUGCAGAGUUCGUGAAGGAGUAGAGAAGUCAAAGUGCUGCCUCAGAAAAGGAUAUGCCGUCAAGAACCAACCCUUAGCUGGAGGUGGAGGGGGAGAAGCAAUAUAAUGUUGUUAGGGAUGAUAUGGGAGAUUGUACAAUGGGAACUAGUGCACUUCGGUGGAGGGCUAGGACAGGUUGGGCCCUGGGCGCUGUCCGAGGUACUGAGUCAUAGUUAAACAUGGAAACACAACUAUUUCUGGGAACAAUAGGGCUUUUGUCAGACUUCUUUGACAAAGUUUGAAUCAGAUAAAUGAUGGUGGAGAAACAAGGUAAAAGAAACAAGAUGACAUAGAUGGAGGCCACUAGAGAGACAUCAUGGAGAGCAGAGCAUUGUCCCAUACACCUUCUCCAAACCCAAGUCUGGGAAAACCAAAAAUGGAGUUGUUCAUUCUCCCAGCAAUUUUACGUCUUUAGAUUCUUUUCUCACCCACCUCCCCACACCACAUUCCUGUCACACUUCCCUCCUACUAAACUUCUGCUCUCUUUGUUCUGGUCUCUACCCGAGAGGAGUGAAGUAGCAGGCAUAUUGGUACUCACAUUCAGGAAGCUCCCUAAGUGUUCAUAUGAUAGCAUGACUAUGGGGGUUUACAAUGAUCAUUCUUGAUUCCCAGAGCAUGUCCAUGUCAGCUGACCUCCAACCACACAAAGAAUCACAGAUGGCCACAUCUCAAGAAAUUUAAACCAAACGAUAUCACCCGUGCAGGGAAGUGUACAGUCUCAAAGCCUGGAGAAAAUAUCACCUUAUUUCCCAACUCAUCAUUUUCUAAAUGGUUUGGAGAGAUGAUGCACCCUUUUCAAAAUAAAUACAAAAUGAUCUGAAUUCUAGUGCCUCUUUCACAUGGGCACCUGAUUUCUAUCACCUGGAAGUCUGUGAAUCAAUUUAAUCAAAUUUUUCCCAGAGGUGCCCAGCUAAUUUUCAGCACUUUUUAAGUAAAAUGAACUUAAAAAAAAUAGUCACUCUUAGUGGAAGGUAUGUACAUAAAAAAGCAUGAUCGAAUGGCAAUAUUGUAUCAAUGGAUGUAUAUUUGUAAUAUUUGUAAAAUAAAAAUCCAAAACCUUACAAUAUGAAUUUACAUAUGUUAAUUUGCCUCUUCUGAGUUCUGUAAAUUGCACUUUGGUGAUACCUGAUAAGUGAAUGUUUC